AUGCUUCUCUUCAAAGCUGAUUUCAACAAAGCCUUUGACACGGUGAAUUGGGAAUAUUUGGACCAUGUUCAAAUGCAAAUGGGAUUUGGACAACGAUGGAGGGGGUGGAUUCAAGGCUGCCUAAGAUCCUCACGUGCGUCGAUUCUAGUUAAUGGUUCACCUACCAAUGAAUUCGAAUUUGGCCGUGGAAUAAGACAAGGUGACCCCCUAUCACCAUUCUUAUUCAUAAUAGCCAUGGAGGGGCUGAACAUCGCGAUGAAAGAGGCCACAGGAAAAGGAAUUUUUAAAGGAAAAAAAAUCCCAAAUAGUGCCCUAUGUGUGUCGCAUCUGUUCUACGCAGAUGAUGCACUCUUUGUGGGGGGAAUGGAGUGA